AUGAGAAUGCACUAUAUGAGAAAAGGACAUCAGCUCGUUUGGGACUUUGCCCUUGAAUACGACAGCGUUUCCGUUCUCCUCUACCAUUUGGAAAGAAAAGAAUUAUUGCUUGUUAAACAGUUUAGACCUCCUGUUUUCAUUCACGCGGUCAGAGAAAAGCCAGAAAAUGUUGAAAAGUCUUUAAAUGAGAUUGAAUGGAGUAAAUAUCCAAUUGAGUUGGGCGAGACGUUGGAACUUUGUGCUGGAUUAAUUGAUAAACCAGGAACUUCCACGUUGGAUCACAUCCAUCAAGAAAUUAUGGAAGAAUGUGGCUAUAACGUGCCUACAAAUUUAAUUCAACCUAUAAAACGUUAUGUAACUGGUGUUUCUACUUCUGGUUCCACACAACAUUUGUUUUAUGCAGAGAUUAACGAGUCAAUGCGUGUGUCAGAUGGUGGCGGUAAUCCUUCUGAAGGAGAAUUUAUCAAAAAAGUUUUUAUGAAGCCGGAAGAAGCAGCCAAAUUCCGUUCUGAUAUAACCAUUGCUAUAGCACCACCUUCACUUUUGUUUGCUUUAACUUGGUGGCUAAAUGAACGGCGUCCUGCUUCUUAGGAUUUUGAAGGUUUAAUUAAUGUUGUAAUGUUCAGGUUUUUGAGGAUUUUAGUUUGGGUUGUCCACCAUAGGUUAUUAAUCUUUUUCCAAAUUUUAGAACUCCAAGGUACUUCAAUCUCAUUUUUAUAAUACCGCUCCAUAUAUCAUUUGUGUUUUCGACAGUUUCGGUUUUUCGUAAACAACUUGUCUUGUUUUGGAAGGAAUUUUUACAAGAUCACUCAUUUUAUUGUCAGUACUGGCCUGGUAAAUUUACCGAGGUAUUCCAAUCUCUAGUAUCUCAUCUAAAUUUUCGAGUUUAAUACCGAUAAUGGACAACCCCAAGGAAUGAAUUAUUGUAUUUUUUGGAGUGGUUCUAACACAAAUAUACUAAUUAUUUUAUCCCAUUUUCUCUUUAAAAAUUCGUUUAGAACCAUUUCUUUCAAGCCUUAUAUACCCAAAAAAUUUAAAUUAAACCAAAUUCUGUCUAUAUAUUUUUUAAACAUGAAAACCAAUAUUUUUAAA